AUGACUAAUAUGUCCUCAGGAUCAAAGCGUUCAUGGGAAGGCAGGGAUUCCAGCUAUCGGGAGCAUAAAAAACCAAGAGAAGAUACAAGAGAUUGGAGGGAUGUCCACUUAAAGACCUCGACUGGGCACUCUGCGUCCAACGGUAGUGGCCGCAGAGGUAGCAAUGGGCAUCGCCGACGAGAUACUGAUCAUAGUCGACGAAGUUCUAGUCGACACGACGGCAGGGAUCGCAGUCACCGUAGAGAGGACCAGCGACAUGAUAAUUCACCUCCACAAUAUCGAUCCCGCUCACCAAGAAGCAAUGUAAAUGAGAGGCAUGAGAGCAAUGAGCUGGAGGAAGGCGAGAUCUCACUGCGUCACAGCCCUCCUACCGUUCCAGGCCCAGUUCCAGUCUCUUCACCAGUUCCAGCCCCGUCUUCUGAGCCUUUGCAGGACAUGCAACUAGAUAUACCAGUCCUCACGGAAACCGUCUACGAUCCUGACGCGGCUCGAAAGGCUCGUCUAGCCAAGUGGGACGCAAUCCGUGCACGUUCAAGCGUGAACACGAGUGUCAAUGGUACUCCUGCGCCGGAGAUUAGUAGUGCGGUCCAACCGCCUCUUUCUUCAACCGUUUCUGAUCAUAUAACGAGCAGUUUUAGCCAUGUGCCCUUGCAUUGUAACGGCGCCAAGGCGGAUAACAAGCGCACGUCUCUGUCGCCAUCGCCGACUCCGGGCCAUGAUUUCGAGCUCGCUAAGGAUGAUGAAGCGGAAUCGUCACAGCGCAAGACACAAGCCGAGAAUUCCACACUAGAUGGCGCGGUACAGGUUUCUGCGGGUGAUUAUGAUCCCAGUCUAGAUCGUAGAGAAGACGAGCAAAGGCGUGUGUUUGGUCCUGCUCCAAUCGAAGCUGAAGUUAUGGAGGUUGAGGAGGACGAUGACGAAGAAGAUGAAGACGAAGAUGUCGAUGAUAUGUUUGCUGUCGCUACGGCCGAGAAAAAGUCCGAAAAAGUCAAGAAAGUCAAGAAGAUGAAUCUCACAGUGCCGGCGUUAAUAACGACUACUCUGGAUUCUGCAGCCGACUCAGAAGGUUAUUAUUCUGUCAUCCUUGCUGAACAGCUUGACGGGGGACGGUAUCAAGUAUUCUCUUCUCUUGGUAAAGGAAUGUUUGCCAACGUCGUUCGUGCGCGAAUACUACAGGGUGGCGGAGAUGCUGCUGGAAGAGAGGUCGCAAUCAAGAUUGUUCGAUGUCAGGAAUCCAUGUAUAAGGCUGGUCUCAAGGAAGUUCAAAUUCUCAACAAACUUAUGCAAGCCGAUCCUGACGACAAGAAACAUAUCGUCAGACUAGAACGAACAUUUGAACACCGAGGACAUCUCUGUCUCGUUUUCGAAAGCCUGAGUAUGAAUCUACGCGAAGUUGUCAAACGAUUUGGCAAGGACGUGGGUCUAAAUAUACGGGCUGUUCGGGCGUAUGCCCAUCAAUUAUUCUUAGCACUUGCUUUAUUGAAGAAGGUGGGCGUAAUGCAUGCUGAUAUCAAACCGGACAAUAUUCUAGUGAAUGAAGCGAAAACUGUUCUGAAACUCUGCGACCUUGGGUCUGCGUCUGAUGCCUCCGAGAACGAGAUUACUCCUUAUCUCGUUAGCCGAUUCUACCGUGCUCCGGAAAUCAUACUCGGGAUUCCCUAUGAUCCGGCUCUUGAUAUCUGGUCCAUGGGCUGCACGCUUUAUGAACUAUACACGGGCAAAAUUCUUUUCCCCGGAAGAUCAAAUAAUCAGAUGCUGCUUCUUAUGAUGGAACUGAAGGGUCGAUUUAACAGCAAGAUGAUAAAGAAGGCGAAGUUCGGUGAUGUUUAUUUCGAUGACAUGGGAGGCUUUGAGAGUCUUGAGCGUGACCGAAUUUUAGGAACGGAUGUUGUGCGCAAAGUCCACAUUUCAAAACCCACGCGCGAUCUUCGCGCCCGUCUCAUGCCGCCAGCAUCGGUCAAAAUGAAGGAUGACGAGAGCAAGCUACUUGUGUCUUUCAUUGAUCUUCUUGACAAGUGUUUAGUAUUGGAUCCUUCGCGGAGGAUCACCCCUCGAGAAGCUUUAACCCACCCAUUCAUCCGAGGAUAG